AUGGUCCAGCAGCGGGAGAUGCUCCUGGGCGCCCCGACUUUAACCAAGUUCCCUUACUGCGUCUUGGAGAUGUUGCUGUGCGCGCUGGCGGCCACGGCGCACGGCCAGGAGCUGUACGCCCCGCACUCUAUCCGGAUUGAGGGGGACGUCACUCUCGGGGGGCUGUUCCCCGUGCACGCCAAGGGUCCCAGCGGUGCGCCCUGCGGAGACAUCAAGAGGGAGAACGGGAUCCACAGGCUGGAGGCGAUGCUGUACGCGCUGGACCAAAUCAACAGCGAUCCCAACCUGCUGCCUAACGUCACCCUGGGCGCGCGGAUCUUGGACACUUGUUCCAGGGACACUUAUGCGCUCGAACAGUCGCUCACUUUUGUGCAGGCGCUCAUCCAGAAGGACACCUCCGACGUGCGCUGUACCAACGGGGAGCCACCGGUGUUUGUCAAACCCGAGAAAGUCGUGGGGGUGAUUGGCGCUUCGGGGAGUUCGGUGUCCAUCAUGGUAGCCAACAUCCUCAGGCUGUUCCAGAUUCCUCAGAUCAGCUAUGCGUCCACAGCUCCAGAGCUCAGUGACGACCGACGCUAUGACUUCUUCUCCCGUGUGGUCCCACCAGAUUCUUUCCAAGCCCAAGCUAUGGUGGACAUAGUCAAGGCUCUCGGCUGGAAUUAUGUAUCCACAUUGGCAUCUGAAGGAAGUUAUGGAGAGAAAGGUGUGGAAUCCUUCACCCAGAUUUCCAAAGAGGCAGGUGGGCUCUGCAUUGCCCAGUCCGUGAGAAUCCCCCAAGAGCGCAAAGACAGGACCAUUGACUUUGAUAGAAUUAUCAAACAGCUCCUGGACACUCCCAACUCCAGGGCCGUCGUGAUCUUUGCCAACGAUGAGGACAUAAAGCAGAUUCUUGCAGCAGCCAAAAGAGCUGACCAAGUGGGCCAUUUCCUUUGGGUGGGCUCAGACAGCUGGGGAUCCAAAGUAAGCCCACUGCACCAGCAUGAAGAUAUCGCAGAAGGAGCCAUCACCAUUCAGCCCAAGAGAGCCACCGUGGAAGGGUUUGACGCCUACUUUACAUCUCGAACCCUUGAGAACAACCGAAGAAACGUCUGGUUUGCCGAAUACUGGGAGGAAAACUUCAACUGCAAGCUGACAAUUAGUGGGUCAAAGAAAGAAGACACAGAUCGCAAAUGUACAGGACAGGAGCGAAUUGGCAAAGAUUCUAACUAUGAGCAGGAAGGCAAAGUCCAGUUCGUCAUUGAUGCAGUCUAUGCCAUGGCUCAUGCCCUUCAUCACAUGAACAAAGAUCUCUGUGCCGACUACCGAGGUGUCUGUCCAGAGAUGGAACAUGCUGGAGGAAAGAAGCUGUUGAAGUACAUUCGCAAUGUGAAUUUUAAUGGCAGUGCGGGAACACCUGUGAUGUUCAACAAAAAUGGGGAUGCCCCGGGGCGCUAUGACAUCUUUCAGUACCAAACUACUAACACAAGCAACCCUGGCUACCGCCUGAUUGGACAGUGGACAGACGAGCUUCAGCUCAACAUUGAGGACAUGCAGUGGGGCAAAGGCGUCCGGGAGAUCCCUUCUUCAGUGUGCACACUACCCUGCAAGCCAGGACAGCGGAAAAAGACUCAGAAGGGCACACCUUGCUGUUGGACUUGUGAGUCCUGUGAUGGCUACCAGUACCAGUAUGAUGAGAUGACUUGCCAACACUGCCCCUACGACCAGCGGCCCAAUGAGAACCGAACUGGCUGCCAAGACAUCCCCAUCAUCAAGCUAGAGUGGCACUCCCCCUGGGCCGUCAUCCCCGUCUUCCUUGCCAUGUUGGGCAUCAUAGCCACCAUCUUUGUCAUGGCCACAUUCAUCCGCUACAAUGACACACCUAUUGUGAGGGCCUCAGGUCGGGAGCUAAGUUAUGUGCUCUUAACAGGCAUCUUUCUCUGCUACAUCAUCACUUUCCUGAUGAUUGCCAAGCCAGAUGUGGCCGUGUGCUCCUUCCGGAGGGUGUUUUUAGGCUUGGGCAUGUGCAUCAGUUAUGCAGCGCUCUUGACCAAAACCAAUAGGAUCUAUCGCAUUUUUGAACAAGGCAAGAAAUCCGUGACAGCUCCCAGACUCAUCAGCCCUACAUCGCAGUUGGCCAUCACCUCUAGUUUAAUAUCCGUUCAGCUCUUAGGCGUGUUCAUUUGGUUUGGUGUGGACCCACCCAACAUCAUCGUGGACUACGAUGAGCAUAAGACCAUGAACCCCGAUCUAGCCAGAGGGGUUCUCAAAUGUGACAUUACAGAUCUUCAAAUCAUCUGCUCCUUGGGAUAUAGCAUUCUGCUCAUGGUCACAUGCACUGUGUACGCCAUCAAGACCCGGGGUGUCCCAGAGAACUUUAAUGAAGCCAAACCCAUUGGAUUCACUAUGUACACAACGUGUAUAGUAUGGCUUGCCUUCAUUCCAAUUUUUUUUGGCACUGCUCAGUCUGCAGAAAAGGCCCUGCUGCAAAAAAGAAGUACGUCAGUUAUAAUAACCUGGUUAUCUAACCUGUUCCAUCCCAUGGAGACCAGGAGCAGGAAGAUCUUCCAUUCCUGUGUCACUCAACUUGACACAGGACACUUGCUGUCCUGCCCAUGCUGCCCAUCUACUGGAGGCACUUCCCCAGCUGGGAGGCCAGUGUUAGAAGGUCCAACUGUCCUACAGCUGCUUCCUGAAAUAGUCUUACUUGCUCUUGGCUUCCUGAGUCACUGGCAUCAGCACUGCCAGCCACCUCAGCUGCCAUUUUGGUCCUUCCCUUCUGAAGGGCGACUCGAGACUCAAGCACCACCCCAGCUCUUUGGAAGAUACUGAGUGGAGUGGCUCUGGUGGUCCAGGGGGGCUGAUCUGUCAUUCCGUGUCUGUACUUCCAGGCAGCAAGGGUUCCAAAUGUUCUGUACAGUUCGUGAGGACUUUUGCACUUGGCCAUCAUGUUGUACUUCAGGUCCUUGUUUGUUUUUCGAAUGCCCUGUUUUCCAUCAACCCCUGUUCUCUCGACGGCCAAAUACUGGGGGAUUUAGAAAGCCAGUGUCAGUUCACAAAGAUGGCGGCAGACUCAAGUAACUACUACUUCUAGGCCCAGGACUGUCUGCUUCAGUUGAAAACGCUGCUGCAAAUCAUGUUAUUCUUCUUUUUAUUUUUUAAGACACACACAAAAAAAGAUGUUUAAAGACCAAAAACUGUGCUGAGAAAGUCGGCCCCCCCCUAUCUGGUUGUUCGCAGGUCCGACCAAAGGACAGAAUGGGUGGAAUUGAAAAGAGGUCUUGGACUUGGGAAUGCAUGCCGGUAAUGUAUUUCACAGUACACUGAUCAUUUCUGUUUGAUAUUCGUAUUUGUGUUCUCUUUUAUUAUUUUCCUUAGGGUAUAUGGAUAUUUUGCAAUAAUUUUAAGAAUUAUUAAGCUAUUUGAAGAAAAGAAAUAUGGAUUUUUCAUGUCUUGAGGUUCUGUUCAUGUGCCCAACCCCCCCCCAACGACUGACCAGUGUGAUGAGGACUUUAAAAAAAAAAAAAGAAAAAAAAGCAUGUAUGUUUUUUACUGUUUGUAAUAAGUACUUUCCUUAAACUUGCUGCUUCCGUGCCAAUUUAGUGGGAAGACAACCCUCGCUGAAAAAGUCCCUUUCCAUUCUCUUUCAACUCUGUGAUAUUGUCCACGAAUGUAUCAAUAAAAUACUUUGGUUAACUUUUUUA